CUCUCGCUCUACCGAGCGCCCGCCUCUUCAUUCCCUCGCUUUCCUCCGCCAUGAAUUCGGAGAACUUCCUGGCCAGCGAGAGGCUCGUGAACGCGGCCUACGUGCGGCAGGGGUCGCAGGGGCGACGCGCGCACGAGCUCCGCUUGCGGGCCUUACUGGAGCAGGGCAAAUGUCCUGAAGAUGGAUGGGAUGAAAGCACUAUUGAACUUUUUCUCCAUGAACUGGCAAUUAUGGACAGCAAUAAUUUCCUAGGCAACUGUGGUGUGGGUGAGAGGGAAGGGAGAGUGGCAUCAGCGCUAGUAGCCCGCCGGCAUUACAGGUUGAUCCAUGGGAUUGGAAGGUCAGGCGAUAUUUCUGCUGUUCAGCCAAAAGCUGCAGGCUCCAGUCUCUUGAACAAACUUACUAAUUCAAUUGCCUUGGAUAUUAUAAAACUUGCCGGUGUCAGGACUGCAAGUAGCUGUUUUGUGGUCCCCAUGGCAACUGGCAUGAGCCUAACAUUAUGCUUCCUAACCCUGCGGCACAAGAGACCAAAGGCAAAAUACAUUAUCUGGCCCCGUAUAGACCAGAAAUCCUGUUUCAAGUCAAUGAUCACUGCAGGUUUUGAGCCUGUGGUGGUAGAAAAUGUAUUAGAAGGUGACGAGCUGCGUACAGACCUCAAGGCAGUGGAAGCUAUAAUCCAGGACCUUGAGGCUGAUAAUAUACUCUGUGUUCAUUCUACCACAUCAUGUUUUGCUCCAAGGGUGCCUGACAGAUUGGAAGAAUUGGCUGAGAUUUGUGCAAGAUACGACAUCCCCCACAUUGUCAAUAAUGCAUAUGGAGUCCAGUCCUCCAAAUGUAUGCAUCUCAUUCAGCAGGGAGCACGAAGAGGUCGAAUUGAUGCUUUUGUGCAAAGUUUGGACAAAAACUUCAUGGUUCCAGUAGGUGGCGCUAUCAUUGCUGGCUUCAGUGACUCCUUCAUACAGGAGAUCAGCAAAAUGUACCCAGGAAGAGCAUCCGCCUCUCCUUCAUUAGAUGUUCUCAUUACAUUGCUGACCUUGGGCACAAAGGGGUAUCAACAGCUGCUAAAAGAAAGAAAGGAAAUGUUUUCCUACCUUUCGGAGAAUGUGAAGAAAUUAGCGGAAGCUUACAAUGAGAGACUGCUGGAAACCCCUCACAACCCCAUAUCCUUAGCUAUGUCACUCAGAGAGCUAGAUAAACAAAGUGGUGCAGCUGUUACGCAGCUUGGAUCUAUGCUUUUCACCAGACAAGUGUCUGGCGCAAGGGUCGUUCCCCUUGGGUCUCAGCAAACAGUGAGUGGUUACACUUUCAAAGGCUUCAUGGCCCACACAAACGAAUACCACUGUGCCUACCUCAAUGCUGCUUCAGCCAUUGGAAUGACGAAAGAAGAUGUCGAUGUGUUCUUGAAAAGACUUGAUAAGUGCUUGAAGGCUCUAAGUAAAGGAAAGAACGAUGAAAAAGGUUCCCCGGCACUGAAUGAAGAAGAGGCCUCUGGUAUGGAAAAGUGCAAUUUAGUCGAAGAAGGUGACCGAAAAUAGCUUAAGGAAGAUGCUUCCCAACUUAGGGUGUCCAGCACUUAUAUCAAGGUCAUCUAGUGCAACUGCAGUAAAAUUAAUGGGGGGGGGGGUAAUCAAAAUGUAAGCGAUGCAGGACACAUUCCUGUGGUGCAUUAAUUCCAUUUAAAUGAAUGGGAGGUGUGCAAGGGCGCCAUUGGUGCUCUUGUGCAGCUCCCGUUCAUUUCAGUGAGUCUUGCACUUUCCUCUUUAUGUUUACACAUUCGCAUUUCCUUGCGAAUGAUAAAAUAUUGGAGCGUGGCUUUAUUUUCACCUAAGAAACCAGUUCAUAGGUUAGGGAGUUUUCCUUUCUGUAUAACGCAGGUGCAUUGCUUUUCAGCGAUAAAAGGUUAUUCUCUACCUUACGAGCUCCAUUUUGCAUGUGAGCAAAAACGAUUUAACUGAAAAGGGAUUUCAUUUUUAAUUCAUCCAUAUUCCAAUAGGCUUUGCUUUUUUUUUGACUGAACAGACCUCUUACAGAUGGAAGCUUUAUGGGUUCCCCUGUGAUGGUGCCUUGCGUUCUAUUUAGAGUUCGGGAGAAGCCAGCAUGAUGGGCAGAGGUUGUUGGACUCCCAACUCCCAUCAGCCACAACCGGCAUAGUCGCCGUUCAGGGACAUGGAAGUUGUGCAACAACAUCUGGAGGAUGCCAUAUUGACUACCACUGCUGUAGUGCCUCGAAAAGGGGACCAUUUCUCCUGUGAGCUGAUUUUAAUAUGCAUGACAGUAACACCAAAAUGUAAUUCUGAAGUCUAGAGUUAUCGUCAGAGCCAGCUAGCAUUCCUUCCACUUCUGGGUUGGCCCCCUAGCAUUGUAGCACUGCCUACGGUCAGCGAAUUUAGAAGUUAUCUCUGUGAUGUGAGAUUCAGGCAGAAGGAAAUGGUAGCCAUGGAAGUUGGGUAUAAAUUUACCCUUUAUGUGCUAAAGAAUAUGUGGCAGUAGCUAUUCCUGUUUGUGAUCUUGUUACACUAUACUAGGCGUCCCCAAACUUCGGCCCUCCAGAUCAGGCCCCUGGGCCUUAGUUUGCCUACCCAUGGUUUAGUGCAGGCACCCCCAAACUUCGGCCCUCCAGAUGUUUUGGACUACAAUUCCCAUCCUCCCUGACCACUGGUCCUGUUAGCUAGGGAUCAUGGGAGUUGUAGGCCAAAACAUCUGGAGGGCCGCAGUUUGGGGGCGCCUGCAUUACACUAUACUUACAACUGUAGUAUAUGUGUGAUUGCCAUUUAUGCACAACAGAGUCAGGAUACUUAGUGACUGAUUCAUAACUGUUGCAGCAGUAGUACGAAGUUGUUGUGCUAUUGGCACAUGUUUGUUUCUUGUUCUCUCUCUUGUGUCAGGAAAAGUCAUCUAGAUAACAUUUGUGUGUUACGCAUCUGUAUUUUGCGGUCUGACAUUCAAACUUGGUUAUAUGGGAUGUUAUGACAUACGUAACUACACUCUUACCUUAUUUGCUGCAACCUUGCUGUUCCCUUUUCACUCACAGAGCACCCUUAGGUGCGUCUUAAAGUGAAGCAUCAACUUUUUAUUAUUAGGGAAGUAAGGUAAAAGAUUGUGUAGUUCUGCCAGUGAGAACAAGAAGCUUCAAAGGUAACCCACACACAAGACUCAAUACAAGGUUAUUAUGCAUGCUGAAGAACCUCUGAAUUCUUUAGACUUAAGAGCUUUAAUUCAAAUAAUUGAGUUUGAUUUGUAACAGGCUGCUGUAGACAUGAGAAUAAGUAAUUACUAUCAGUGCAUGUUCUCAGGUAAAUUUAGGUGGGCGCUCUGGUAAUCUUAAUUGAAUAAAUUAUAAGUUUUUCCUUGGUUUUUUUUGUGGUGAAUGUUUUCUACCCCCCACCUUGCCACCCACCAAAACUCACUUAUUCCUGAUUUGUUUAUAAUUUGUGAGAGGAUGACUUAAAAGACCUCUUCGUUUAUUUGUGCAAUAUCACCAGUUCAGUUGAGAACCCCGUGCUUAGGGCUGGUGUGCAGCUUUUAUGGUAAUGUGAUAGCCUCUUUAUAAAGUCUCUCACGAGGCAGCUUUCACCAUAGUGGCAGCCAGUGACAUUAUGUGACAGCUCAUGCUAAUUGUGCAAUUUUCUUAAGUAGGCAAAUUCCCUUUAAGGCUAUGAACAUUUAGGAACUUUUAGCUUCCCUGCUAUUUAUAUAUUCAUUUAUUAGCGUUAUAUUCCACCUUUCCAUCAGGCAGCUCAAGGGAGUGUACAUGGUUCUCCUCUUCCUUCUUUAAUCCCCACAACAACCCUGAGAGGUAGGUUAGGCUGAGAGGCAGUGACUGGUCACCCAGUAAUCUUCCUGGCUGAGCGGAGAUUUGAACGCUGGUCUCCUAGGCCCUAGUCUGACACUCAUCCACUACACCAUACUGCGCUUUAAACUAGAUAGAGCAAUAUUCCCCAACCUUCAGAUAUUUUGGAAUGCAGCUCCCAUUAGCCCUGAUUUUUUUGGCUGUUCCAGCUGGUCCUGAUGGGAGCUGGAGGGUUAUAAAAAAAACGAUGACUGAUGUGGAGAGCUGGAACAACUUCUGGAAAACGUUGGUUGGCCUACCGAAGCUGAUAAAUGGUUGGGUUAAAUUCAUGGAGGAUAGUUGUAUCUAUAACUAAUAGUCAAAUUGCCCGAUGUUUUAUUCUUCAUGCGGUGCUUGGGAGCUUUCCAGAGACAUCCGAUGGCUAGCCAUAGUUGGAAAUGAGCGAGUUGGAUAGAUCUCAAUCUGCUCAAGCAAGGUGAUUCUUACUGUCCCUUACCUACUGCACCGUUCCCAACUCCAGGCCACCUAAACUGUGUCAGAUUGCCAGGGCUGGCUCCAGCAGUAGCAGAUGGUUGCUGCUGUAUACUGGGAUGUAGAAGUGGAGGUGCGAGGUCAGCAAACUGCAAAUGUGCCAGCCCUUCUGGAUAGUUCCUAAAUUUUAUUUAUUGUUUUUAUUUAUUUCAUAAAAUUUACAACCACUUGGUUGUAAACAAAAACUCAGAGUGGUUUACAAAACAGUAAAAUUGGGGGAAAUUUACAACCCUACUUUGAAAUGUUGUUGUUGUUGUCGUUUAGUCGUGUCCGACUCUUCGUGACCCCAUGGACCAUAGCACGCCAGGCACUCCUCUCUUCCACUGCCUCCCGCAGUUUGGUCAAACUCAUGUUUGUAGCUUCGAGAACAAUGUCCAGCCACCUUGUCCUCUGUCGUCCCCUUCUCCUUGUGCCCUCCAUCUUUCCCAACAUCAGGGUCUUUUCCAGGGAGUCUUCUCUUCUCAUGAGGUGGCCAAAGUACUGGAGCCUCAGCUUCACGAUCUGUCCUUCCAGUGAGCACUCAGGGCUGGUUUCCUUAAGAAUGGAUAGGUUUGAUCUUCUUGCAGUCCAUGGGACUCUCAAGAGUCUCCUCCAGCACCAUAGUUCAAAAGUUAAAAUACAAACAAACAGCUCAACUUUCUAAACAUGUGAGUAGGCCUGCCUACACAGGAAGCUUUUUUUUAUCAGGUGCAUAAAAAACUACAAUUGGAUCUCAAGAGGCAAGGAGUUCCAAAGUGCAGGUGCUGCCACACGAAACAAUCAAAUUCUUACAAAUGCAGAACGGGUAUUAUGUGGCACUUGUCGGAGUGCCAUUUCUGCCAAUAAAAUUGGCCAAGUAGCUAUGUGUACGUCAAGGCGAUUUCGUAGGUAAACCAGUCCCAGCUUAUUAAGGGCUUUAUAUGCUAAUAGUAACACCUUGAACUUGGCCCAAUAGCAAAUCGGCAACCAGCGCAGAUCUCUGAGCACAGAUGUUAUAUGUUGGCAAGGCCUUACCCUUGCCAGCAAUUGUGCUGCAACAUUCUGCACUAACUGCAGCUUCCGGAUCAAGUGUGAGGGAAGCCCCACAUAGAGCGCAUUGCAGUGAUGUAGUUUUGAAAUAACCAACGCAUGAUCUCCUGUGGCAAGGCUUUCCUGGCCCAGGAAUGGCCAUAGCUGUCAAACCAGCCUCAGUUGGUAAAAGGCAUUGAUGUCCCUAUAAUGCUAUAUUCACAAAUGUGAGUCCUUAUAGUCCCAAGGAUUAUUGGUCAUAAGGAGGGUGUUGACGGGUAUAACUCCUCCUAGUUAGGGUGGUGUAUGGGAUGUGAUUCCUGGGAGUUUGGGGAGGAGUAGCACCUGAAAACCUCAACUUCCAUCUUUAUAGAACAAGUUUCUAGUCCUUUAUAGCGAUGUAAAGUUCAGCAUUUAUAAAUAAUGUAGAAAGUAAGUGCCUUGAGGCUGUUAAGCUCUGUUAGGAGAUCAAACAACAAAGGCGGUUCCUGGCUGCAGGUUUGCAAUCUAAAAGGUAUGGCACAAAAGAAAUGAGAAAGGAAAUGGAAAGCAGGCAAAUUUAAGCCCCCAUUCCUAAAGUUACAUUACUGUAAUUGUUUUUCGGCUACCAGCAGCUCUGUGUGUAUGUGGGGGUGCCUUUAGUUGGGAUCACAGUAUGGGAGGAAAGGGUUAAGACAAGACAGUGUGCUGCAGUUCUAAUAAAAAUAGUGUCCCCCUCAUGCCUGAUGAAGACAUAUUCAGCGUUGCAUCUACUUUUGUCCUUAUACUGAAUAGCAAACUUGGGAAUGCAAGAAAAUCCCUUUAUUCAAUGCAAAAAAUUAAUAAAAAUGUAUAAACAUCUUUUUGGUUUUGGGAAGUUGCUGCAGCACAGAAUAUUGCGAAGAAAUAAAAACCUACCGAAUGCAGCAAGCAGCCUGUGAAGGAAGCAAAAAGGGCUGUGAAUGUAAAAAGGUUGGCACUGCAGCUUAACAUAUGCAAGCCAAGAGAUCUAUACUGUGUAAUCAUCAGUUUUCGCAGAAAGGGAUAAAGCCCAGAAGCUUACCAAAUGCUCCCGCCUUACAUCAGCAUUUACAGUUGGUUGGGUUGCUGUAUAUUUCUUGAAUUUCUACCCUGCUUUUCAGACAAGCUAAUUCCAAAACAAAAAUAAUUCUAAUGGGGGUAAUCGGGAGAACAUGUUUGUUUUAUUUACAAAAGUUUAUACUGCC